AUGCCAGCAUUUUCAGAAUACUUUGUCCGCAAUGCUACUUCGCUUCCAGUCCCUUCAUUUUCAUCUUCCUCAUUAAAUGAUUGUCGAUUCAAUAGUAAUGUAGCGUAUGUCCAUUACUGGUGUAAUCCAUUUGGUGGUAUGCAACAAUAUCCGGCUCUCUUUGCUGAUUAUUUUGCUGGUACUCUUAUACCAAUGAGUAAUAUUUGGCCUUAUUGUCAUCAUCACUACUCUAUGAAUCUUAAGAGGUUAUUCUGCCACCAACCAGCUGCAACACAGCAUUGGCCAGCAGAUGCGACAUUCUUCACAGCAAGUCAAAUCCCAAGAAAUUCCGCAUAUGUUACCCAGCCAAGGUUGGGCAAACAACGCGAUACUUCUCCAUUUUCGAGCGGUAUUAGUCGAAGUAGUAGUAUUGCUAGUAGUGAUUAUGCUGAUUCUACAAGCUCUGGAAUUGGUUCUCAAGAUAGUUAUCAUCAGCAAGAAGAAUCUGGAAAUUUCCCUGCUCAUGUAGCAGUUGCUUCGUCUUCUGACGCUGGCUGUUAUUCAUCGUCACAAAUUAUCUCCUUAGGUGACAGUAACUUUGAAAAUUCGGGUCACAACAUUACUGGGACAUCACCAAUAGCAAAUUAUGACUCUGCUAUUGCUGGUUUUUAUCCUCAAAAGCAGUACUCUCAGUCACAGUUAACGGGGAUUCAACCGCAUGCUUCAUUAGACGUUUUGGUUACAGCAUAUUCAACAUAUUAUCCUUCUGCUGUGAAAUUCUGCGAUCUACGAAAAAGAUGUUUGACAAGGAAAGAGAACUACUCAUCGGCCGGAAAUCUCAGGUUUCGAACUGGAGCAGGAUUUGAAGACAUCGUUCCUUCUGCUACUUGCUUUCAUGUUUGUCAAUCUCCCAAUCGCUUCUUGAUACCAUUAGAAGCGGUUGAAUCUUACAUUCAUUGUAUGGAAAGUUUUUCUGCGCAAUUGGCACAGUCACAAAUAACCUCUGGACAAGUGCAUCAAUUACCUGAAUUUGAGACAACUCAUUUCACCUCAGAUUUGUCAUCACGUGGCACAAAUACAGUAACAAAUGUUACAGCUGAAGCGCUAAGCACAUGUGAUAAUAUCCGAACAGGUCAUGAGAAUGUUAGUGGUGUUUCACAUGAGAUUGAUUCCAGAAUAUCCAAUAUUCCAGGAAAUAUUGCUGAUGAAAAUGAUUGUCCGACAUUGUCAGCAGAUAAAUCAAAUAAAAUAGUGCAAGAUCAUUUUCUGGAUGAAGACUCGCUACUAGAAAAUUUGCCAAAAUUUGAAUACUGCAAUGGAAGCGGAAGCAAUUUGGCAUGUGAAUUUACACGUAAUGUAAACUGGCUUCAGCCAAAAUCGCCAAAUACGAAAUCAGGUUUUGAGAUCUAUGGCAAUGAUAGAUAUGUUUCAAGACAAAGGAAGCAGGUUCUACAGACAAGAGACAUCCAUCAAAGUACUGGUAUCUCCUCCCGUAGUGCCAAUGAAGGAAGGUCAAGAGGCUUACCUCCUCCGAUGCCUGCAUAUCAUCAGCUGAAUGACAAUAACUGGCGCAGACAUUCACAAAAUGGUCCUCCAUCGAAGAAUUACCUUGCACGUCCUUUCUCGACCAGUGAUGGCUUUGUUCGUAGUCGAGACCGAAACAAUUAUGACAAGUUCUAUAUGAGUAACAUGGAUCGCAAUCGUGAUUGUUCUCAGUGUAACAGUUCUGACAGACGUUCCACUCCGAGAGUGGCAAACAUCUACAGGUCUGCAAAUAGAUCAUCAUUUAUUUCGUAUGACAAGAAUAGUUAUCAUGAUGGAAACAUUGAAAAUUCGUUUAAUUUGAUGACAUCUGAUGAUAAAAGAGGUCAUGGAACUACAGCUUCUGAAUGUUUGUUGCAUCGUAGUAUAAAGCGUAAUGGUUCAAACAGAUCUCGUAAUUCCCCACCGGUAUAUCUAGCUUUGAAAAGUCAUCGUGAAUUUGUUAAUAUUGAUAAUACAGAGGUCGGAGCAAUUGGUAGUACAAGGGAAGAAAAACUUGGAAGAAAUCAUAGUCCGCAACGAAGCGCUGAAAAUGUGCAAAAAAUAGCACACGACGUCGAACAACUGACGAGUUUAUUUUGCGAACAUGUUGCAGUUUGUGAAGAAGGUUGA